CGCCCCCUCCCUCCUCCCGGCACCCGCUUCAGCAGGCUAUAAGAAGCGGGAGAGUGCGGUGCCCAAGCAGCGACGGGGUCCAGCACCAUGGAGAGCUCCCGCCUGCGGCUACUGCCCCUCCUGGGAGCCGCCCUGCUCCUGCUACCUUUGCUGGGCGCCCGUGCCCAGGAGGAUGCCGAGCUGCAGCCCCGAGCCCUGGACAUCUACUCUGCCGUGGAGGACGCGUCCCACGAGAAGGAGCUGCCAAGGCGGCAACUUCGGGCUCCCGGCGCUGUGUUGCAGAUCGAAGCGCUGCAGGAAGUCCUCAAGAAGCUCAAGAGUAAGCGCAUUCCGAUCUACGAGAAGAAGUAUGGCCAAGUCCCCAUGUGUGAUGCCGGAGAGCAGUGCGCAGUGCGGAAAGGGGCCAGGAUCGGGAAGCUAUGCGACUGUCCCCGAGGAACUUCCUGCAAUUCCUUCCUCCUGAAGUGCUUAUGAAGGGGUGUCAGCCUCCAGCUUAACUGCAUCCCCUCUUCCCCCAAGGAGCACUCCCUUAUCCCUGGAGUCUGGCUUUAGCAACAAUAAAGUUUGCACUCCCCUCUGAGGGCGAAUGGGCUCUUUCCUUGCUGUUUCAAAAUAAACCAUUUGCCAUUA